AUGGCUAAAAUGUCAGUUGGAUUUUUGAGUGUGUUCAAUCACGAAGAACAGGAGUGGUUAUUAUAUAAGGGCCGCCUUGAACAAUGGUUUAUAGCAAAUGACAUUAGUGAAGACACGCUGCGAGAUCGGUUCGUGCUGGGCAUGACUGGAGGCCCGGAGCGGGACCGGCUAUUCAGAGAACCUCUGGAAGACUUCACACUAGCGAAGGCACUGCAGUUAGCGGAGAGCAUCCGCUGCGCGAGAGAAGGUGCGCAGCAGGCGAAGGUGCGCGACACAGCGGACGUCCACAAGGUGACAGCGCGGGCGGCCGGCCCGCAGCAGCAAGCCAACGCGACUCGGCAGAACGGGGUUCCGCAGGCGAGCACCUCGCGGGAUCAAAAGGGUUCUGUACAGUGUUCAGUGUGCGGAUACUUUAACCAUGAGGGCAAGAAGUGUAGAUUUAGGAAUGCGUCGUGCAAGUUGUGCGGUGUUAAAGGGCAUUUAAUGCGCGUUUGUAACGCGAAGAAUGUCCCAUCUAAUCACCAUUUCCUACAAUGUUGCACGGAUGAAGCCGAUGAGGUGUUCUCAGAUGCAGCAGUACCGUGGCAGUAGGAACAUUAAUUUUAAGCCGAAUGACGUUGUUAUAGUGAAAGUGUACCAGGGACAAAGAGCGUUUUGGUCUAAAGCGUUGGUGAAGAAACAAUUAGGGAGAUCGACGUAUUUAGUUCAAUGUGAACAAUCGGACUGCUUAAUAAAAAGACAUAAAAAUCAAAUGUA